CAGGGGGGGGUGAGGGGGUAGCGCCAUUUUUGGUUGUUCCCUCAGAGGAGGGAGGGGUGAGUGAUGAUGUGUUUGUGUUCAGAAAUGAGGGACAAUUAAGUAACGCACGUCCACGAUAUGGAUUUGGGGCAGUGAUGUUGUUCUUGUUUUGCAUACGAAAAGCCCUACAGAGUAGUAAGUCGGCUUAUUAAGCCUAGAGAGGGAUAUUUCACCAAAAAAUGGCAGUGAAGUAUUUUUCUCACAUGAAAUCUAUGAAAAAUAUUCAUUGGCUCCAAGCAUCUCUGAACUAUGGCAUUUAUCAAACAGCCAGCACUCUUUAUGGAGAUCCAACUGUGUCUUAGGUGCAGUGGAACUGCAAUUAAUUCCUUGAGUAAUGAAGAAAGUGUAUAGAGUGUUAGCUGAAGAAUGGGAAGUGAAAUUACGUGAAGAUGGGUGGUACAGAGAGGCAAAAAAAAAAACUGAAACUUUGGCAAAGUCUUCAGGAAGCAGACAGACUUGUAGCAUGCAGGCUGCAGAUCCGGUUGAAGUGGAAGUUAAAAACACAACUGACGAUCACCAUUUUCCAGAACCUAGACUCCCCUAUCCAUUUACCUCUUGCUUGACUGCAGAAGAGCAGAAAAUGUACUUAUAUUUGACUACUAAGUACUCAAAAAAAGUAAACCAUUGUCAAGCUGAUGCAGUAAGUGAGAGAGAAUUACUCAUGUAUCUGCAAAUGAAAGAAGUGGUAGACAAUGAAGUUGCAGAAUUUAUGAAAUUUGCCCAAAAUGCUGCAAAAAGCUGUGCCCAGGAUUAUGAUGCCAUCUCUGAACAUGCUCAACGUUAUACUGAAGAAUUAUUACGUGCUUGUAUCGGACAUGUGCAAAAGUAUCCUGAGUUUUACACACUCCAGGAGAUCAUGAGUAUCAUGGGAGGAAAGUUUCAUACACAGUUGACCUUUAAGCUGGAAAAAAAUCUUCUUGUAAUGGGUACAGCAAGACAUGGUAAAACAGAUUUCCCUACCAUGUCUGUUCAACUGCCCACAGAUUAUAAAGCUGUUACAUCUAUUAUAACUCCAGAAAAAAAGGCUUCCAUUAUGCACAAUGAUAUUAGUUCAGAUUCAAAUGCAGAAAAACUUGCUUUGAAAUACUGUCCUCAAGUCGUUUUAAGUAAUCGAUCUUUAUUUACUUUGCUGAAUAAUCACGGACUAAACUACAAGGAACAAUGGGAAAUUCCAGUUUGUGUUAAAAUUAUCCCUGUUGCAGGCAGUAAACCAGCAAAAGUGGUUUAUGUUGAUUCACCCCUGCUGAGAAAGGAAAUGACAGUAAGAGAGAGGAACCAAAUCUUCCAUGAAAUUCCAAUGGACUUCCUAGCAACUGAAAUGUCUUGUGUUUCUAUUUCUGACAUAUCAAUGGACAAACCAGCUGAGGACAAUCUGCUUCAGUGGGAUAUGUCUUCUGAUACCUACGAGUGCAGGAAGAUUCCCAUUCCAGCUGACACAGGGAUGGACUUUGAUGAUGAUGUUACUGAACUGGAAACUUUUGGAGCAGCUGUCAAGCUCUCAAGAACUUGUAAAAUGGAAAGUACUUUUCCUACAGUUAGCAACGCUGCUAAAGUUUUAUCACAUGGCCUAAAAACAGAGAAAAAAACCACAUCCGCCAUGAACAGUGGAGGUGAAGAAGAGAAAAACACCGUUUCUGAGCAAGGAGUUUCGACAUGUGCCAGCAUGCAGCUUCCAUCAUUAGAUGGCAUUCCAUGCUUCAAUCCUGAAGAAAAUUCAUCUCAUGAAAAUUUAAAUUCUGAGGAGGUAGGACUGAACAAAGCACAGCAUGUCAUGACCAGAGUAUCACACAAUGAAAUGAAAUUAAAUACUCUAUCUAAUGCUGUUAGUGACAAGGUGACUAAUGCCGCGAAAAAAAAUGAGACUUCUUUAUGCAGUGGUGACACACAUGAAGAGCGUUUGAUAAUGGAUACAGAAUGUAAAAACACUGAUUGUUGCAAAACAACUAUACCAAACACUGCUUCUCACAGCUCGGCAGAGGCUGCCAAAUCACCUUCCCCCACGCAGAUUCCAUUAGCAGGCAUGACUGAUUGCUCAGAUAUGGAUCAGGGAAAAAAUUCAUCCAGAAAGCCUACCAGAAAGUUGUCCAAGGAACUGGAUCCUGUUGGACAGAUUUUGAAAAUGCAAACUGAACUGCUCAAGUCACCUUCCCACCAAGCUCACGUGGUGAGCUGUGAGAAUUCUAAUGCUGUGCCAGCCCAGGUGCCUCAGUCUCCAAACCCACUGGUGAGCUCCAGCACAGAAGCUGUGCCAGCCCGCAUUUCAAAUCCCAGUGGCUCAUCUAGAAAUACCUGGACUUCGCUUUUUCAGGGAGUGCCAAAGACAAAGCUGCCAAAUGAACUUCAGAUGCUUGAAGAAGACCCUUCACAGUAUAAAGCACCUCAGGAUGGUAACCUUGUGUAUAAGCUAUUCAGUUUGAAUGAUCUGCUGUUACUUGUGCGUUGCAGUGUGCAAAAAGUGACGUCAUUGCCACGAUACCAUAAAAAGAAAAAAGCCCCAAAGCUUACUCCAAUGUUCCUGUUGCCAAAACUAGAAUACCAAGCCUAUUAUGGUGCCGAAGCUCUUACAGAAAGUGAAGUGUGUCAGUUGUGGACAGAGAGUAUGUUGCAUUCUGAAUGCUUAUUUUAUAUUGGACGUAUUGAUGCUUUUACAUCAAAGCUUAUUAUGGUAGAAAAGAUUACUGCAGGAAUUUUGAGAGAAAAACUUGGAUUGAUUAAGCCUGCGAAUUCAUUAAAUAUACUUCAUCACAUUUUGAAGAAAGUGUCUGACUUGCAGGAGGGCUCUUAUUUAUUGACUCAUGCUGCAGGAGAUUCAUCAGUUGCAAUCUACAAGAGUUCUCUUGGCAAGACGAGAACAUCCUAUAACUUGCAUAAAGCUCACUGUGAUCUGCCUACCGUACCUGCCACUCUUUCAGUCCCCUGGGUGCCAUUAGAUCCCAGUGUCCCCUUGCCUUAUCACAAGAGACUUGGAAGAAUUCCGUGCACCUUUCCACCUGCACCCGAGGAAGCCAUGUGGAAACAGCAGAUGACUGGGGCGAAAGGGCAAUGGGACACACCCUGUGAGGGAAAGCGAGUAGCUAUGGAAACAAAAGGCAGUCGGGCGAAGCCUGUUAGAAAUGAAGGUGUGGCUACAAAGAAGCUGAAGAAGAAUUACUGCAAACAAAGCAUGAUGAACAAAAAGCGAAAAAUGAAGUACAGCAAAAUGCAACCGAAGUAGGAAUAGCUGAACCAUGCUGUGAUAAGUGUGGCCUGGAGAACGACAAGACGAAACAAAAAAUCUGAGGCUUUAUCGCAGAUUCAAAGGAGCCAGAACAAGCUGGCAGGGGAAAUGCUCCACAGCUGAAGCAUUCGAUAAACCUUUAAUUGUUUCUUACCUCAGUGGACACUUUUCACGUGAAAAAUCUCAGAUUCAGUCAGAGGAAGAAAAGGCAAGUGACUCCAGCCGAGGGUAGGGGACAAAAGUAUCUGCUGUUGGUUUCAUGAUUUUCUUAGCAAAACUACAGCUCGAAAAAUGAAGCAGUGGUUGACAGCAAUAUCUGAUACGGUGUAACAACAAUAAAAAUAACUUUUCAGCUUAAUUCUUACAGAAUUUUUUUUAUUCUGACAUAUUCUUAAAUUAUAUUUUACUUUGUGUGUUGUGCAUAAGGGGAACAACUUGGAUUUAAUUACUUAAUCCUUUUAACAUGCAGUGUCUACCAGUUUUUUAAUUACUUAGAAAAAUAUAUUUUAGGAUGCUGUAAGAAAUGAGGUUUGGGGAACAAAAGCUGUGUAUAUUUGAAUAAUAGGCACCAUAAAUUUGCACAAGGAAACUUACAAGUUAUGGCUUAACAGAUAAAAUAGAUAUUUUUAUGUUUCCCCAAAACAAUUGCCAAAAAUGGUUUGAUUUCUGAUGUGUCUUCAAAAAUAAGUAUGGAGUUAUUUAUUGUAUUAUUGAACGGCUACAGCCUAAAUCUCAUCUCAGAUUUCACAUUGUUAUGCAGUAGUGCUUACCUGAGGUAUUCAGGUUUGCCUGGAGGAACAAGUGAUGGGAUCAAGGCCUUGGUCAUCAUUGCAAAGACCCAACUGGACUACACUGCACAUCAGUAGCUUGCUUGAAAUGUAGAGCUAAACUGACAGAGGGGAGUUAAGUUUCCUGUUUGUGAAAAGGCCAAGCACUGUGGUGACAUACGGUUUUCUAGUGAAUGUGUUGUGUGGAAAAAUUAAAGUUGUUUUGAAUGUUAGAAUAUAAAGGCAUUGUGUUCUCUGAUGUGUUUGUACCUAACAUGAUUGCUUGUGUGGGAAGAUUCCUCUGCAUUACACCUGUUUUGUGGUACGUACUUUCAGUAUUUCAUCAAAUAGAAUUUCAACAGAAACAAUUCUCGAAAUUGAAGCUUGAAAAUUAUCUUCUCCAUCAUUACUUUUGUUGUGUGUUUUUUGGAUUUGUGCUUAUAUCUUCCUUUGUUAAGAGUAUUGUUUUUAGAUGAGCUCAUGAAUUCUUGAAAGCUUCAAGAAUAAGUCAAAUAAAUUAUUUUCCUUUUUUGGCCUUUUAGAGAACACAA